CCUAAGCAUCCAAAUAUUAAACACCAUUUUAGCCUACAUGUGUAUAGACAACCAAUUGGUCAAAAGAAACCAACUAAAAACUAUCACAAAUCCGUUUUUACAUUUUUCAGCGAAGGUUUCAAAGAAUUGUAAAUAUAAGCACGAGAACGGCGAUUGCUGGGGUCAUGACAUCAAACACUAUGGUGGGAAGACCCUUCAUCAGUGCAAGAGGUUGUGUACAUAUAAAAAUGAGUGCAAGUCUAUCCAGCAUCGAGGACGGAGCUGCUGGCUAAAGCGGUACGCGUGUAAUUCAGGACAACUAAGGAACAGAGGAAACAAGGCCUUCCACCAGUGGACAAAACUAUCAUGCGGAGCUUCUGGGUCACCAAAAAAAACAGGUAAACCGACUGGUGGAAAGUCAAAGCCCUCGCCAAAAAAGUCUACAUCAGAUAAGUGUUUUACGCAUAGGCAUGGUGACUGCUGGGGUAACGACAUUAAGCAUUACGGUGGAAAGACCCUUGACCAGUGUAAGAGCUUAUGUAAAGCUCGAGCAGAUUGCAGGUCUAUCCAACACCGUGGCAAAAGCUGCUGGCUAAAAUGGUAUGCAUGCGAAUCGAAUGAACUACGAAGUAAAGGAAACAAGACAUUCCACCAGUGGACAAACACGUGUGGUAAGUUAGAAACUGCAUAUCUUUAA